AUGCGCCUGUUGCUGAGAAGGACAGCGAAAGAAGCUUUGUUUGAAAAAAGCAACCACUAUUCCAUAAUUUUUUAUGGUCAUGCGAAACGAGCACUACAAGAAAUUUCUAGUAGACAUUAUCAGGCGUUAGGUGUGCAUGUUUACAUGCCAUCCACUACGUUGGAUCUUCGAGAGGAAUGUCGUGCUUGUCGGGUAGCACCAUCUCCAGUUGGGUACCCAUUGGAUAUUGCCACUUUAUUUGCCAGAUUUAACACUAGAGGAACACAAGACGAACAGUGUUUGCGUUAG